UUAUUUGCUGCUUCCAUAACUAUCAUUAUUCAGGUUGGUUGAAAUAUUUAAUUAUUAAAUGGUUAAAUUAACUAUUUUUAAAGAUAUUAAAUAAAAAAUAAUUGAAAUUUUUAAUAAUUGAAAAAAUCAACACGAUAGAAAAUAUACUAUGAAUUAUUGAAAAGCUUCUAAUACACAAUGAAAAAUUUGAGUAAAAUCCCGAUGUCUUUUGAUAGCCAAAAGAAUUCUAAUAAUAAUAGUUUUGGGAAAGAAACACCUACUCUCCAAUCCUUGAAUAUAUUCCCUAUAUCAGAUGAGGACAUUCCAAAUAUAAAGGAUGCCAUAAUUAAGGCCUCACUUUUAUAUAAUAUGGACAGGCAAAAAAGUGCAUCUUUUAAUUCGCUUUCUUCCUUACAUGAAGAUAGUAAUAAUUAUCCUUUAUAUUCCCAAAUAGAUUCUCAAAAUUUUGGUAUUCAGGAAGAUUUUAAAAAGAAUCAAUGCAUAUCAAUUGAAACAUUCCUCGACCAUAAUCCUUCUUUCUUACAAGCCUACGUUCUUAGUCACAUUAAAAUCAAUACUAUUAGGGAUUGGGAAGCCAUGAUGCAACCAAUUGAUGAUACUCAUAAAAAUGAGAAACCUUCAGAAAUCAACCAAGCCGAUAAGCCUAAUCAAAGUGGUAUCAGCGAAAAAAGUAUUAAAGUUGACUCCAGAUCUAAGAGUAUAUUCACGUUGGAAAAAGAAGAGGAUACUCACACCCAUAGUAUUAAUAAAAAUAGAGCUUACUCCAUUAAACAUAGUUAUGACUCCGGCGCCAAAAUGUAUUUAAAUAGUAUGGAUAAGUUGCAAACAGUCCUCAAAGAAGUGAGUUCUCAUGAACCUUCAAACAUCAUAUUAUUUCAAUUGAUCAGCUCUAUAUCUAAACUGAUAAAGGCAUCCAUUUCCAACUUAUAUAUAAUCUCUCCCGACGGCGAACAGCUAGAACACAAAUAUUGUUUUGGAAAUAAUCACAAAAUCAAGAUUCCUAACCAACUAAUUACAGAGCGUAAAACUGCCACCGCGUUUUCUGCUUUCACCAAACAAACUAUUCUUAUUAAAAAAUAUAUACCAAUGAGUGACGACAGGUUUCCAGAAGGUGUUAAUGAUCACUACUAUGAAUAUGACAUUGAUUCUGUAAUAAUUCAACCUAUAAUAUCGGAAACAGAAGAAUUACUGGGGAUCAUGGAAUAUCUUAAAUUCUCCUCUAAUAACGAUAGACCCUUUAAUGAUGCUGACAUAGAGAUUGUCGGAGCAAUACUUUUGUUCGGCUUGACAUCAUUGCAUUUCUUGGAAUGUAACAAAUUACUAACCCAACAAAAACGAUUGAACGAGUUUAUGUUAAAAGUUACUAGCUCGAUAUUUCAAGAUAUGGAGAGUAUAGCUACGCUUAUCUUCAAAAUUAUGAAAUUUGGUAGAAAACUUGUGAAUGCUGACCGAGCUUCCUUAUUUCUAGUGGAUCGACAAAACCAAGAAUUAUAUGCUAGCAUAUUUGAUGUGGGAGGAGAUCAAAGUGUAAACGAUGUUGUACCUAUAGAGAAAGAAAAAAUAAGAUUUCCCAUUGGAUGUGGUAUUGCUGGAAGUGUAGCAUCAACAGGUCAAAUUGAAAACAUAAAGAAUGCCUAUUCAGAUGAAAGAUUUAACCGAAAAGUAGAUGACCUUACUGGCUACCAAACUAAAACAAUUUUGUGCAUGCCGAUAUACAUAAGGAAAGAAAUUAUAGGUGUAAUGCAAAUGGUUAAUAAGAAGGACACGACUUUUAACGAAGCGGACGAGAAAAAUUUUGAAGCAUUUGCCAUUUAUUGUGGCUUAGCUCUGUACCAUGCUCAACUUUACGAAAAGAUAUAUAGAUCUGAGAAAAAAUACAAAGUCGCUUUAGAAGUUCUUUCUUAUCACAUUACUGCUGGUCAAGACGAAGUUGAAAGAUUGAUGGCUAAAGGGGGAUCUUUACCCAAUGAUGUGACUGUUGAAGCCAUUAGAAAUUUCGAUUUUGAUAAUGACAUCGAUAAAAACCAUAAUGAUCUUAAACCAGAAUUGGUUUUCUUUAUGUAUAAUGAUCUGUUUGGAAAAAAUAGAUUGAAUUUGGAGUUAGUGGCGCGUUUCAUACUUACUGUUAGAAAAAACUAUAGAAAUGUACCUUACCAUAACUGGACUCAUGGAUUUUACGUUGCUCAUGCAGCAUAUGUCAUAUUGAAGAUAUAUUCAGAGAAGUUUGACCAUUUAGAGAGUUUAGCUUUGUUCAUAGCAAGUUUAUGUCAUGAUCUGGAUCACAGGGGUAAAAAUAACACGUUUAUGAAAGAGACAGAUACUCCUUUGGCAGCUAUCUACACCACUUCUACCAUGGAACAUCAUCAUUUCAACCAGACCGUUGCUAUUUUGCAACAAGAUGGGCAUAAUAUAAUCGGUGACCUUUCUUCUACAGAUUAUAGAAAGGUCCUAAGUCUGAUUAAGCAUUGUAUUCUAGCCACGGACUUGGCUCAGUUUUUCCCAUUCAAAGAGGCUCUAGUAAAACGUUUAGAUUCAGAACAAUUUUCGUGGGAAGAUCAUCAUGACAGAAUGCUAGCCCUCGCUAUAAUAAUGACUUCUUGCGAUUUAUGCGCUAGCGCCAAGCCCUGGAAAUUUCAGCAAGAAACAGUGGCUGUCAUAAUGGAGGAGUUUUUCCAACAAGGAGAUGCAGAAAAGUCUAAAGGGAAAAAGCCUAUACCCUUAAUGGACAGGGAUUGCUCUGAUCAAUUACCUAAAAAUCAAGUUGGAUUCAUUAAAAACUUAUGUAUUCCAUGUUACGAAGUUUUGGCUAAACUACUGCCAUUCACGUCUCAUUUAUUAGAGGGAGCCAGAUUAAACUGCGAAAGAUGGUCGGAAUAUAUAAAGGAAGAUGGAUGAAUGAAGUUUUGCCAUCCGUAAAUAAUUAGAUUUAUUUAUUUUUUUGGUCUCAUUAGAAUGUUAUUAGUAAUUUUCCAUAUUAAAAAAAUAUUAUACCCCCACCCCCUAGCUUCCACACAUAUACACUAAUUAGCUAUUACAAUUAUAUAUCGUAAUUUAUUUUUAAAAAUUACUAUUUAUUUAUAUUGCUAUACAUUUUUUAAAUUACAUAGAAACAAGUGCAAUAUAAAUAUGUAAAACAAAACUUUUUAUCAUUAUCAUGUUAUAUAAGAAUGAUUUGUAAUAUCAGUUGUGAUAUAUGGUAAAUUAUAUAUUAUAUAAUAUUUAUAUAUUAUAUAUAUAUACUAGCUAAUAACCCGUCAAGAAUGACGGGGUUGAGGGGUAAUUAGUUAGUUUGGGUAUAUGGCACUAAAUAUGCUUUAUAUUAUAAUUUAGGAGAAAAAGAGGUAAAAUGGAACCCGUGAGCAUUAAAGGUAUUAAAAAUAUCAAAAUUUAAAUUUGUGAUAGGAAUUAUAUUGAGUAAAAUUAAAAAUAGAGAUUCUUCAAAAUUUUUGAAUAUUAAAUAUGGGCUAGACAUUGGCCUCAAAAUUUUUUUUUGCAGACACAACUAGCUAGGCCUGGUCAAAAACCCACAUCCUAUGCAACUUUCCAAAAAUUUUCCCAUUUAUUUCUAUUGUA